GGUCCAUACCAUAAAAGUAAGAAAAAACCAAGUAGUACAAGCAACAAUAGGAGAGGAUGGAGAAAAGAGAGAGGCAUUUUGUGCUGGUUCAUGGAGCCUGUCAUGGAGCAUGGUGUUGGUAUAAGGUGACAACUUUUCUAAGAUCUGCUGGUCACAAGGUCACUGCCUUGGACCUAGCCGCUGCCGGUGCCAAUGGAAAGCGAUUAGACGAGCUUAAUUCAAUUUCAGACUACCAUGAACCAUUAAUGAAAUUCAUGACCUCACUCGUAGCCGGGGAGAAGGUGAUCCUGGUGGCUCACAGCUUGGGUGGGGUCAGCGUAUCGGUUGCUAUGGAGAGGUUCCCUCAGAAAAUUUCUGUCGCAGUUUUCGUUUCUGCUUAUAUGCCGGGUCCUGAUUUCAAUCUUUCCACUGUUUAUCAAGAGCUUCACCAGAGACGUCAGGGUGCUUCCAUGGAUACGCAGUACACGUUCGAUAGAGGGUCCAACAAUCCUCCAACCUCCAUCAUAUUUAGCCCGGAGGACUUGGCAGCCAAGCUUUAUCAGCUCUCCCCACCUGAGGAUUUGACGCUUGCAACCACGUUGAUGAGGCCCACCAAGCUCUUUAGAGGAGAAAAUUUGCUUAAGGAAACAACAGUGACUAAGGAAAAGUAUGGAACAAUUCGUCGAGUUUACAUCGUGUGUGAUAAGGACAAUAUACUGAAGGAGGAUUUUCAACGAUGGAUGAUAAAGAAUAAUCCAUCGGAUGAGGUGAAGGUGAUUAUGGGUUCAGAUCACAUGCCCAUGUUUUGUAAGCCACUGGACUUAUGUGCUUAUUUGUAUGAAAUAGUUGAGAGUUAUUCUUAGUCAUGUGUAGCACUUAUAUCAUUAAAAAAUAGUAUUUAAAUAGACAAUGUAAGACAUUUGAUUAAAAAGUAUGUAAAAUGCUAAUUAUUUUUAAAUAACUACUUAAAACUUGUAUUUUAUAAA